AUGUCUUACUCUCUAGCUACAACUAUGAUUGACCCGAGGGAUGAAAUUGUUAAUAAAGAUGAUCUACUAAGCGAUGACUCUUCUGACGAAUUGAAGGAUUUGUAUAAAGAGUUUGAGCUCAAGUACCAAGCAAUAAGGAAGAAAGAAUUGGCAAAAAAAAGCAAACAAUUCGAUGGGCCAAAGGAGAAAGCGGCUCACGAACCAAGUGCUCCGGUUGUGCCCAGGUCCCCGAACAGGAUAUGCAAGCCCCCUGAGGCUACGAAAGAGGUAAAAUAUGAGGUUGAAGUGCCGUUACCCAAAACAAAAAAGGCAUCCGAAUUUUUAUCCAAGUUGUACGAUGCAAACUUGACAAAAACACAGGAAAGUUGUGAUGGCAUAGAUUACAGUUUGCGUAAAUUCGAAUUUGAUUUCACCAACUAUGAGAUUAAACCUAAGGAAGUGGACGAUGAAGUGUGCCCUAUAUCAGGACACUGCUUAAGACGGAGGUACUACACCAGAGAGGAAGUGAAUCAGCUUAUUAGAAAUACAGACGAAAAUAUGAAAAUUCUCAAAGUUGACAAAAUGUUGGCAAAGACAAACAAAACUAACAACUACCGUGAGCCAAUGUAUACAAAUUGGUGUCUUGUUGGAUUUGUUUUGCACAAGUCAGAUGUACUAUACACAAAGAACGAUAAGAAAUACAUGAAAUUAAGGGUUGGUAACUUUCAGAAUAGUGUCGAGUUGCUACUAUUUGAUGGGGCGUUUGGGAAAAACUACAAGUUACAACAAGGAGAUUUGAUUUUGGUGCUCAAUCCUAUUGUAAACAAGUACGAAAUCAAGGUCAAUGAACACAUUUCCAAAACCGGCUUUAAUUUGAAACUCGAUGGUUCGAAUAUCAAUAGUAUUUUGGAAAUCGGAGCGAUAAGGGAUUUUGGAAUCUGCAAGUUUAUCAAAAAGAUAGAUAAUCAAAGAUGUACCAACGUUGUCAACAUUACUAAACAACACUUGUGUGACAUUCACUUGGAUAACAAAUUCAGACAAAGUACAAGAAUGGAAUUGAAUGGAGUUUCUUUGAGGUCUCCCACCAAGAGCAAGACCAAGGUAUUUCUCAACAUGAACAAGAGUCGAAAUCAGAGUAAUUUCAGCGGGUUUAUUAGAGAAUAUAACGAAGAUUCAACCUUUUCUACCUCUGGUUCUGGUAAGAUUGACUCAAGGAAGUUUCAAGAUCCAAAGCUAUUGCAAACACAACUCAAGAGAAGAAAAUUGCAAAAUGAGCGUGCAAAUGACUUGUUGGAGAAGAAAUUGUCCAAGUUAUCAUCAAGAAAUCCCAUUGUUGAAAGUUUGAAUAUGAAGGGCACUCACAGCGAUAAAUCUCAAGAAAUGGGCCACUCUAGCCACUUUUCGCCGUCGAUGAUUUCUAAAAUUGGCUUUGAUCCAACAAACCAAGACAACGACGCAUCUAAACAGUCACAUCCGGAAAGAUUACAGGAGUUGUAUCAACUAAGCGCAAAGUGUUCAUCCAAAAAAUCGCUUGGAUCAUCGAUAGAUGAUAAAAGGAGUAAAUUGCAGAAAUGGCAGAAGAAUAUAAACGCUUUGAAAAGUUACGACUCAAAACUAAUGCAACUGGAUUUAAAUUUGAGUAAGUCUGUUGUUGAUGGUAUAAAAACAGCGGGAAUGCCCCAGAAUAGAGUUGCAAAAACUAAUCGUGUAGUUUUGAGUGACGACGAUUUUGAUUUUAAUGACAAAAGUAGUAAUAAUGAUGAUGAUGACUUGGAUAUAGACUUUGGUAAUGAUGACAUGAAAGCUAAGUAUGAAAAAGUAGUUGGUAGAUAG